AUAAGUAACUUUCGCGUGCUGACUGUUGCAUGCAACGGAGGUGUUUGAGCAGUGUGUGAUACCGAUUUUUACUUAUUCUGUUUUUUUUCAAAACAAAAAUAUAACGUAAUAUAUACGUUUAAUACCUUUUAUAAAUAUUUGUCUGUUGUUAUUGGUUAAAUAAACAAUCAAUUACGGUGGCGUUAACCCGUUCCAACGGGGCGGCCAAAUAAUUCUUCCCUCUUCACGGAAGGAAGUAACUUAAUAUUUAAAAAAAAAAAAAAAAGUUGAAAAUAAACGAAUGACAGCAGUCACCCUAACAUCGGAAUACACAAAUUCUUCGAUCUGAUGGCUGCAAUCCAGCUACUUUGUAGCUAAAAACAUAUCGCACCCUGGUCUGGUCUGGUCUGAAAACAUUGCCACCACUAGCAGUGCAGUCAACAAAAUUAAAUUUGUUUUUUAUUUGGCCAAACUUUCAAUACGAUGUACACAUUGAUGCACGGCUUCUACAAGUACAUGACUCAGAAGGACGACUACUGCGUGGUGAUCCUGGGCCUGGACAAUGCUGGCAAAACGACUUACCUGGAGGCCGCCAAAACCACGUUCACCCGGAACUACAAGGGCCUGAAUCCCAGCAAGAUCACGACGACAGUGGGCCUCAACAUCGGCACUAUCGACGUGCAGGGCGUGCGGCUCAACUUCUGGGAUCUCGGUGGCCAGCAGGAGCUGCAAUCACUGUGGGACAAGUACUACCAGGAGUCCCACGGCGUCAUCUACGUGAUCGACUCCAACGAUCGCGAGCGCAUGGACGAGUCCAAGGCGAUCUUCGACAAGAUGAUCAAAAAUGAGCUGCUGUCCGGCGUGCCUCUGCUCAUCCUGGCCAACAAGCAGGAUCUGCCGGAUGUGAUGGGAGUGCGGGAGAUCAAGCCCGUGUUCCAGCAGGCGGGCGCCCUGAUUGGGCGUCGAGACUGCCUCACCAUUCCAGUGUCCGCCCUGCACGGCGAGGGCGUCGACGAGGGCAUCAAGUGGCUGGUGGAGGCCAUCAAACGACAUGCGGUGGUCAGGCCGCCGCGGGAAAACGAUUAGGAAACGAUCUAGAAGGACACGGGCCCAUCGUCAGGCCCUCCACUGGCUUUAAUUAGACUUGUAUUUUCGUAACUUAAGUGCUUAGGACUAUGCUUAUUUGUAAUUAGCCGGGGAGGAUUGAUUGAAGAGAUACCAAUUGUACAUUGUUGUAAAUGCGGGAGGUGCCCGCUUUAUCAAACAACAGCCUUGUAACGGCCUUAACUAGAUCUGUUUUCCGAAGACUCGUAUCUCUCUGUUCAGCCCAAAGCAGCUUUUCAAUGAAAACACCAUUUAAAUGCUACUUUUGUCUUGACGCCGGGAUUUCAGCAAAUGACAGCGAAAUACAAAUAAAAUUGUUACAUUAAAGUAUAAAGGCAAAAGCUUGCUAACUCAAAAUAAACUUAGAACAUUGUAAAUAGAUAGUACUUUGUAUAUUUAAUCCCUUCAAGAAAUAAAUACCUAUAUGAGAGUUAAUUAAGCACUAAA